GCCUGUGCACUGCAGCUCACUAACCCCCCAGCCAGGAGGACGCAGCGGCUCCCCGGCAGUUCCUUCUUGAGGAGCGGAUGUGAGCAUCGUGUGGAGGACGAGCCCAGAAGGAGAACCCGGCAGUCCUGCUAAUGUUCCAUCGGCUGAGCAUCUAGCUGAAGCCUCCCCCAGCAGGUCACGUGGACAUGAUGCUCCCCCUCAGCCUGCUCCUCCAUCUCCUGCUGCUCUCUGGCUCCCCCGCAGAUGAAACCACGGGUUACGGGCCGGUUUUUGAGGAGCAGCCGGUGGACACCAUCUACCCCGAGGAGUCGCCCGAGGACAAGAUCACCAUGAGCUGUCGGGCACGAGCCAUUCCACCUGCCGCAUACAAAUGGACGCUGGACGGCGUAGAAAUCGACCCGAGCAGCGCCGAACACGCCCACUACGCUUUGUCGGGAGGAAACCUGAUCAUCAAGGAGCCCGUUAAAAGCCAGCACGAGGGGAAGUAUUCCUGCUUAGCCAGCAACAUGUACGGCCUGGUCAUCAGUCAAGAGGCGUCGGUCCAGUUUGGAUAUUUGGACCUGUUCUCUUCAGAGGAAAGAGAGUCGGUGCACGUCAAAGAAGGUCAAGGGGCGGUUCUUCUCUGCGCCCCUCCUCCGCAUCAUCCAGCCGACCUGUCAUUCCGAUGGAUCCUCAACGAGUUCCCCAUCUUCAUCCUGCUGGACAACCGGCGCUUUGUCUCGCAAAUAACGGGCAACCUUUACAUCUCCAAGGUGGAGGCCUCAGACAGCGGCAACUACUCGUGCAUCGCAUCCAGCUCCUCCAUCUCCAAGAGCGUCUUCUCCAACUACAUCCCCCUGGUGCCCCACAGCGAACGUCCCAAUAAGAAGUACCCGGCUGACCUCCGAGUCAAGUUCCCAGACACAACAACUCUAGUGGGGCAAAACAUCACUUUGGAAUGCUUCGCAUUGGGAAAUCCUGUGCCAAAGAUCCGCUGGAAGAAGUUGGACGGCGACCUGCCCCCCAACCAUGAUGUGCGGACAUCUGAGGCGCACCUGCACCUGUACAACGUGCAGGUAGAGGACGGCGGUCCAUAUCAAUGUGAGGCGGUCAACUCCAAGGGAAAGGACUACCACAGCGCACUUUUGUCCGUCGAAGCUUUUCCUGAGUGGGUGGAGCGCAUCCACAGCACGGAGAAAGAUCUCGGCAGCGACUACACCAUGUCCUGCUCAGCCAGGGGCAAACCUGAACCUCGCAUCCGCUGGAUGAAGAACGGAGAGCCAUUGGAGCGAAAGGAGAUGACGUUCAGCAGCCUGAGGUUUGAGGACUCAGGGAUGUAUCAGUGCAUUGCAGAGAAUCACCAUGGAGUCAUCUUUGCCACCGCCGAGCUGCGUGUGUUUGCCUGCGCCCCCACAUUUCAACACAACCCCGUCAAACAAGUCCUGGCUCCACGAAACGGCCGGGUGGUGUUGGAAUGUCGACCCAAAGCGGCGCCCAAGCCCAGCAUCUCCUGGAGCAAAGAGACGGAACUGCUGAGCAACUCCAGCAGGGUGUUCAUCUGGGAGGACGGCAGCCUGGAGAUCCUGAACGUGACUCGUGCAGAUGAGGGCAGGUACACCUGCUUCGCCCACAACGACCGCGGCAAGGCCAACAGCACGGGCUCGCUGUCCGUAACAGACUCCACCAAGAUCACCUUGGCCCCCUCCAACGCUGAUGUCAUAGUGGGCCAGAACGCCUGGAUGCAGUGUGCCGCGUCACAUGACUCCUCGCUGGACAUCACCUUCAUCUGGUCCUUGGACGGACACACCAUUGAUCUUCACCAGCAAGGACAGCACUAUGAACACCCCCCGAACGGGAGCUCCAGUGGUGAGUUGAUGAUCAAGAACGCUCAGUUGAAGCACGCUGGAGUCUACAGCUGCACCGCCCAGACACCUGUGGACUACAUCACUGCCUCCGCCAGCCUGCUCGUUAGAGGACCCCCCGGGGCCCCGGCGGGGGUGCGAGUGAGGGACAAAAGUGAGAGGAACGUAACGCUGCAGUGGAGCCGCGGAGCAGACAACCACAGCCCCAUCUCCAAAUAUAAGAUCCAGUGCAGGGACGCCUCCUCGCAGGAAGUGUGGAGGAAGGCCAGCACAUUUCCAGCAGAUGUUGAAGGCAACGCAGAGACGGCCACCGUGGUGGAUUUGGUGCCCUGGACCGAGUACGAGUUCCGGGUGAUGGCCACCAACACUCUGGGCACGGGGGACCCCAGCAACCCCUCGCCUAAGGAGAAGACCUUGGCCUCACCUCCUGUGGUGGCGCCUUCAGAUGUGGACGGGGGCGGGGGGACCAGCAGGGAGCUGACCAUCACGUGGACGCCCGUCCAGGAGCAGUACUACUACGGUCCUGACUUUGGCUACAUCGUGGCCUUCAAACCACGAGCUGGCUUGGAGUGGACGCAGGUGACCGUGUCGGAGCCACAGGCCAAGCGCUACGUACACAAAGAUCCUUCCAUCCCUCCCUGGACCGAGUACCACGUCAAAAUCAAAGCCUUCAACGGCGAAGGGGAGGGGCCGUACAGUCUGACAGCGGUGGUGUACUCCGCACAAGAGGCGCCCUCUGACGCCCCUGCGAGUAUCGACGGCAAAGCUCGCUCGGCCACAGAAGCCAUCGUGUGGUGGCUCCACAUCCCGCAGACCUACAUAGACGGAUACCAGGUGAAGUACUGGAGGAAGCAGGAAGACAGUGAAGGUGGGGCCCAUAGGGUCGUGGUCUCCGGCAGGGAAAACCAAACCAGACUAGACAGGAUGAAGCCGGACACCACUUAUCUCAUUGAGGUCCGAGGAUACAACUCUGCAGGAUACGGGCCGGCCAGCGAGCGCCUGCAGAUCCACACCAAGAAACCUCCCCCCAGUCAAGCCCCCACAAUCAUAGGCAGGAAGUACAAGGGCAAGAAUGUCACCGUGUCCUGGAAGGACGUGAAGACGCUCGCCAACGAGGCACCUGUGAAGUCUUACAAGGUGCUGUACAGACAACAGGGCCAGUCCAAUGGCCAGCUGUACGUCACACACACAUCGUUCAUCGAGCUUCCACUCCACAAGGAUGGGACCUACGUGGUGGAGGUCCGAGCGUCUACGGAGGGCGGAGACGGGGCCGUGUCACAAAUCUCCAUCACAGGAGGAAGUGUCAUGGCCGCCCAGGCCCUCAGUGCACUCUGCCUGCUCCUGGUCUCUCUUCUCUGCCUGAACCUCUGAAUGUAGCAUCUUUAUCUUCACUUGGACGUGAAGGACAGUCUUCACGGGCUGCAAGGACUUCUGGGACUCUUUCCACCAUCCUUUGGUUCCAGGGUUACCCAUUCCGACUCUUCUUAAGAAGUUAGUGGAAACGGGAAUCCCUUAUUUAUCCACAAAAGGUCUUUUUGGAGGAACUUCAAAGUUUGAAAUCUGCCUUAUGUAAAUGUCUGCACUUAUCUUUCACAAUGACCUUUCAUUUUUCAAGCUUUUUGAUACAAAUACAUGCCACAUACUCCAAUCAGCUGUGAAAGAUAAGUGCACCCCUCUAUCAGUAUCUCUGUACACAUCUUUCUUUACGUCUUGCUCUUUUAUGCUCUUUUCUUACAAAAGUGAAGCACAGCCUCUGUUGAAGACGAUACAGUCAAAGCAAAAAAAUCGACCUACAUUGGUAUCAAUUGUCACUGCUUGUCAGUGUCAUCAGCCACUACUUUAUCCCUCAAGUGUACUUAGUGUACUUACAUGAACACCAUGUAAGGAGCAGCCAAUGUCAAUCAGAAGCAAAGCAUUGGAGCCAAACUCCACCACAAGCGACUCUGCCAAGCCAGGCCAGGAAAAUCCAAACACUGUAACACCACCAAGUGGGGACGCACAAAAGCAGAUGCUUGGAUUGCAAAAACCCAGCAGAUGAGCUUUAGAUGUCUCAACCAGGACAGGAAAAGUCUAUCUUUUAACGACGCUCUGUGAAGCCCAAAUGCUUAGUUUUGGACCAGAGAUUCCUACCAACUAAAAGUCUUUGGAGAAGUUUCAGGAUUGCAGGGUUGGAGUUCUGGACGCAACUUAAAAUGACACCACUUUGAUGAUGCAAGCCUGUGCGUACAAAAUAAGAUGCGCCAUAACACAGUCACAUGAUCAUUGUCACCACAUUAAAGACUAAGAUGCAUCAUAAC